CCAGCGCCCGCCCGUCAGCGCCUGGCCCCGGCUUUGCUCGGCAUGAACCCCGCUGGGCUCAGGACGUGGGACGGGGACCGUGAGAGACUCGGCCCGCUGCCUUUCGGCGUCGAGUCGUUGCUGGAAGCCGAGCGCUGGGUGGGCUCGGAGCCCGUGCAACCCCAGGAGGAGAGGCCGCGGGGCGCCGCGGAAUCCCGGGCCUGGUUUCCGCCGGCCUCCCCCUCGAGCGCCCCACGCGCCCCCAGCCCUCCACCCUGCGCUCGGAGACAGAAGAGCGACCGCAAGCCGCGGACGCCCUUCGCCGCCGCGCAGCUGCUGGCGCUGGAGCACAGGUUCGGUCAGCAGCAGCACCUGUCCGCCGCCGAGCGCGCCGCGUUCUCCAGCAGCCUGAGUCUCUCCGAGACGCAGGUCAAGAUCUGGUUUCAGAACCGCCGGGCCAAGGCCAAACGACUGCUGGAGGCCGAGCUGGAGAAGCUGAAGUUGACGGCCAGGCCGCUGCUGCCCCGGUCCUCCCCGCCCUUCCCGCUGGCCGCCUCCCUUCACGGCUCCGCCGCCGCCCCGCCGCCGGUGCCCGGACUCCUCGCCGCGCCCGCGGCCGCCUACGGCCUGUAUUACCUGCCCUAGAGCCGCGAGACCCUGGGGCGGCGGGUCCGCUGGGCAGGAAGGGCGGGGCGGCGCGCGGCUGGUGGACCUCGGUACCCGGGAAGGAGCAGGGACCCCGCUGGUGCGCAGCGGGGGUCUGGGG